CCUCUCUCUCUCUCUCACUUUCAUUUCUCAUCGAUCCGCCACUAAAUGCUCUUUUCCCAGUCUCCUCUCAUCGCUCUUCCUUUUUUUUUUUCUUUUUUUUUUUAAGCUCUGAUCCAUCUCGUUUACACCACCAUUUUUAAUGCACUUUCUUUGUCAUUACCCAAAAGAAAGGAAAAAAAAAUCCCAAAAAAUUCAUAAUUUUGAUUAAUUUCAUACCAAUCUCUCUGAAAACUAAAGGACAAGAAUAAAAGCAUUUGGCUUAACAAUUUAUGUCUUUUUUCCAAUUUUUCAAUUUAAUAUUUCAUGGCAGCUGCGGCAGGCACAACGACAACUACUAGUAGUACUAACAUUACGCACUUCAAUUCCCACACAACCCCCUCCAAAACCAAAACCAAACGCCGUAGGCACCGCGACUCCACCACCCUAUCUUCCCAAACCGCCGCCACAGCACUCAACCCGCCUCGAAAACUCGGCCCGCCCACCAUUGUCUCCCCCGAUAACUCCUGGUGCUGUUUCGCCUCGAAAGACUCGAAACCCAUCUCCGCCCAGCCACGCCAGGCGCAACCCAUUAACCCGGAACAUAAACCCGAUCCGGUUCAGUAUUACCCAUCUGGGAAAUCGCCUUCUUCUUCGCCGUCCUCGUUCCGGAUCCGAUUCGCCCCGGGUAGUCGCUCUCCGGUCAUGGAUUUUAGUCCGGCGUUGACAAAUGGCCAUUCUGGUCAAAACGAUUCGUUUAAUUCCAGCUUCAGCAGGUUCAAUUCAAUGCUCACGGCUGGGUUAUUGAACCCCAUGUCGCCGCCGCCGCCGCAAUCCGACAAGACGAACCGGUCCAGCCCGACCCUUUUCGAAAUGAUGGCUAGCGAACCCGAAAUGGCCCAACCCAGAGCCCAGAUCCACCAGAACGGCGUCGGGUCGGCAAGCGGGCGCAAAACCCAUGUGGGUUUCGUUCAGGACAAGCAGGCGUUGAUGAUGCAGCGGGUCUCACAUCUUCUGACGGGGAAUCGGAGCCCAGGGAACCAGUUCAAUGACCCGUCGAGCAGUGACAUUAAGCUCACUCUGAGCUCCAAAGAUGGGUUCAGUGUGUCGAUGAAUGUACACCGUCAGAUUCUGGUCGCGCACAGUCGGUUCUUCGCGGUGAAGUUGUCGGAGAGGUGGGUCAAGCAGCAGAGAACGGCGCCAUCGUCGUCUCCGCCGUACAAUGUGGAGAUUGCGGAUUGUGAUGACGUGGAGGUUUAUAUCGAGGCCUUGAGGUUGAUGUACUGUAAGGAUCUGAGGAGGAGGCUGAUGAAGGAGGAUGUCCCUAAAGUGCUUGGAAUUUUGAAGGUUUCGGCAGCAAUUGGAUUCGAUGCCGGUGUUUUAUCUUGUUUAGAAUACUUAGAAGCUGCCCCAUGGGCUGAGGAUGAAGAGGAGAAGGUGGCAUCACUGAUGUUUGAGCUUCGCCUUGAAGGCGUUGGAGCUGGGGAAGUACUCAAGAGGGUCUCUGUGGAAGUUGCCAAUGGGACUGAAGUGGGUAAUGACAACGAAGAAGUUCUUAUAAAGCUUCUGCAUGUGGUUCUUGAAGGCAAAGACGAAAAGGCAAGACGCGAGAUGAAAGGAUUGGUGUUGAAGAUGCUUCGUGAGAAUUCAUCUCAUAAUGAUCUCCGGAAAGAGUCCUUGUACUCGGCUUGUGAUGGGUGUUUGCAAUUGCUUCGCCACCAUUUUUCUCGGGCAGCAGAGUCAGACUUGCAAGAUGUGGGUCAGAUUGCGAGGCAAGCAGAUAAUUUGCAUUGGAUUUUGGAUAUUUUGAUUGACAGACAAAUGGCUGAAGAUUUCUUGACAACAUGGGCAUCCCAAACUGAAUUGUCUGAGGUGCAUUCUAAAGUGGCUGCAGUUCAUAGAUACGAGAUUAGCAGAGUUACUGCUCGUCUCUUUGUCGGGCUGGGAAAGGGGCAGCUAUUGGUUUCCAAGGAUGUGAGGUUCUUGCUUUUGCGUACAUGGUUGGUCCCGUUUUACGAUGAUUUUGCCUGGAUGAAAAGGGCUUCGAAAGGCCUGGAUAGGCACUCAAUUGAGGAUGGUCUAAGCAACACAAUCCUGACCCUGCCAUUAGCAUGGCAGCAAGAAAUUUUGCUGGCUUGGUUUAAUCGGUUCUUGAACUCAGGUGAAGAUUGCCCCAAUAUACAAAGAGGAUUUGAAGUUUGGUGGAGGAGGGCCUUUUGGAAGCGGAAUGGUGACCAGGAAAGACCACGGCCGUUACGAAUUACAACCGCAACCAUUGAAAACUCAUAGAAAUCAAUAACUACACAAUGCCGGGAUAAUGGUGCUCUCGAGUCUGUCUCUUGUUCUCUCUUUACCUUGUUCGGAUGGCUAUACUCUCAUUUGUUCUUAAUUGGUUGUCUUUUGAUCUUCUUAAUUUCGGGACCAAGGCCGGAAGCCCCUUGUGGAGUAGUUGGCUUUCAGAUUGGUGCACGAUGUAAUAGUUUGACUGGAUGUACCUAGGUUUAGUUUGGGAAGAUGAUCAGACAUAUUGGUGCAGUGUUCAUAGUGUUUUGGGA